AUGGAGGAAAACUGCACACCUCUGGCUGUCAUCAACCUCCAACUCUCUUACCAUGAGCUUAGCCGGGCAGUGACUCGAGCUUUACACACGCAAAUAGGCGACGCCACUCAGCUGGGUAAUCAGAGACGGGAGGUUCUACGGUUUCUGGAGGCAGCAGAAAUUGCAAGCUUUCCACCAGACGAAUGGACAACCUUGACAAGGUCCACAGCUGUCAUGACCCAGCUUCUCGAUUCGGCCUCUCUUCAGUCCGCUGACCCGCCAGAUAACGCGCCCAUCCUCAUUAGCGAGCGUGUCAAAACAGGUCAACGGGGAUGUCCAAGGGUUGUGGUUAACGAGAAUGUCCUAGCUUCAGCAUUAGAGAUUCGGCCUAGUCCAACAGGUCUGGCACCUCUAUUUGGUUGCUCCGCUCAGACGGUUCAUUGUCGGAUUCUUGACCACGGACUGGGCGUACCUGGGCAACCGGUUUUCCAGAGGCAAGAGCACCCCGACGGAACAGUCACUGUCGACUGGAACCAGCCACCUGUUCGACCCCAGAACCUGUCCGAUGACGAACUGGAUGGUGGGAUGCAAGACAUUUUGCAGCGGUUUCCAAACUUUGGGCGAAGAAUGAUCGACGGCUGCCUGCAUGCAGCUGGGAUGAACGUCACCCGAGAACGCAUCUGCGAGUCGUACCUUCGAGUACACGGAGCUCCUACGAUCUUUGGGGACCGUUCGAUCCAUCGCCGUGUAUACAAAGUAGCAGGUGCCAAUUCCCUCUGGCAUCACGACGGCCAGCAUGGCCUGAUCAAAUACAAGUUAGUCAUUCACUGUUUCAUAGAUGGACAUACACGCCUCGUGACUGGCAUGGAAGUCAACACCAACAACUGCGCGCAAACCGUCCUGGACUUGUUUCUUAAGGCCAUUCCUCAGUAUGGCAUCCCGAGCCGGGUUAGAGGUGACCACGGGACAGAAAACGUGAAUGUCGCUGCUUGGAUGGAUGAGAACCGUGGCUCUCAUCGUGGUUCGUACAUCUAUGGGAGAAGCAUCCACAAUACACAUAUCGAACGCCUGUGGUACGACGUCACUCGUGGCUUUGGCCAGAAGUGGAAGAACUUCUUCAUCGACCUCGAAGUCCACUAUCGCCUUAGUCCUGUCGAUCCGGUCCACAUCUGGCUCCUCCAUCAUCUCUUCCUGCCCUUGAUUCAUCGCGAUGCCGAGGCUUGGGUUGCUACCUGGAACAGCCACUCCAUGCAGAUCCAAGGCCAAAGCAGCCAGAGCCCUAGAGAGAUGUUCUUCUUCAGUAUGGUCCAGGACAGCCCACGGGGUAUCAGGCAGUUCAUUCCUGAGCCAGAGGAAGAGGACAUACUAGCGGUGGAUUUAGCCCAGUAUGGCAUGGACUGGCAAGAGGCGGAGAACCAGGAUGUGAUGCGCCACCUGCUCGACCACAACCCGCAUGAAUUAGACAACGAAGCGCCAUUUGUUAAUGGGGCCCCCCCUCAUAUGAAUCACAUUCCGUGUGAGGGGCCUCCUCUGCCUUUCCCCCCCAAGUACGUUCUCCAUCUGGACGUGCAUCUGCCGAUGCAUGCCAAUGUCGCAUCGGAGGACAUGUCCGUGCGACGUCUGAGAAUCCAAUUGCCUUGGGGCCCUGGGUGA